AUGGCUCGCUUCGGAGAGGCAGUGGUCGGCAGGCCGGGGUCUGGCGAUGGAGACUCGGACCAGAGCAGGAACCGGCAAGGAACCCCGGUGCCUGCCGCCGGGCAGGCGGCCGCCUACAAGCAGUCGAAAGCGCAGAGGGCGCGGACUAUGGCUUUGUACAACCCCAUUCCUGUCCGGCAGAACUGUUUCACCGUCAACAGAUCCCUGUUCAUCUUCGGAGAAGAUAACAUUGUCAGGAAAUACGCCAAGAAGCUCAUCGAUUGGCCGCCGUUUGAGUACAUGAUCCUGGCCACCAUCAUUGCCAACUGCAUCGUCUUGGCCCUGGAGCAGCAUCUUCCUGAGGAUGACAAGACCCCGAUGUCCCGCAGACUGGAGAAGACGGAACCCUAUUUCAUUGGGAUCUUUUGCUUUGAAGCUGGGAUCAAGAUCGUGGCCCUGGGGUUCAUCUUCCACAAGGGCUCAUACCUCCGCAUCCACAAGGGCUCAUACCUCCGCAACGGCUGGAACGUCAUGGACUUCAUCGUGGUUCUCAGCGGCAUCCUGGCCACUGCGGGGACCCACUUCAACACACAUGUGGACCUGAGGACCCUCCGGGCCGUGCGUGUCCUAAGGCCCCUGAAGCUUGUGUCAGGGAUACCCAGCCUGCAGAUCGUGUUGAAGUCCAUCAUGAAAGCCAUGGUGCCCCUUCUGCAGAUCGGCCUCCUGCUCUUCUUCGCCAUCCUGAUGUUCGCUAUCAUCGGCUUGGAGUUCUACAGCGGGAAGCUGCACCGCGCAUGCUUCAUGAACAAUUCAGGUAUUCUAGAAGGAUUUGACCCCCCUCACCCGUGUGGCGUGCAGGGCUGCCCAGCUGGUUAUGAAUGCAGGGACUGGAUCGGCCCCAACGACGGGAUCACCCAGUUUGAUAACAUCCUCUUUGCUGUGCUGACUGUCUUCCAGUGCAUCACCAUGGAAGGGUGGACCACCGUGCUGUACAAUACCAAUGAUGCCUUAGGAGCCACCUGGAAUUGGCUGUACUUCAUCCCCCUCAUCAUCAUUGGAUCCUUCUUUGUUCUCAACCUAGUCCUGGGAGUGCUUUCCGGGGAAUUUGCCAAAGAGAGAGAGCGAGUGGAGAACCGGAGGGCUUUCAUGAAGCUGCGGCGCCAGCAGCAGAUUGAGCGGGAGCUGAACGGGUACCGCGCCUGGAUCGACAAAGCAGAGGAAGUCAUGCUUGCUGAAGAAAAUAAAAAUGCUGGCACGUCAGCCUUGGAAGUGCUUCGAAGGGCCACCAUCAAACGCAGCCGCACGGAGGUCAUGACUCGAGACUCCAGCGACGAGCACUGUGUGGAUAUCUCCUCCGUGGGCACACCCCUCGCCCGAGCCAGCAUCAAAAGCGCAAAGGUGGACGGGGCCUCCUAUUUCCGGCACAAGGAGAGGCUUCUGCGCAUCUCUGUCCGCCACAUGGUGAAAUCCCAGGUGUUUUACUGGAUUGUGCUGAGCCUGGUGGCUCUCAACACCGCCUGCGUGGCCAUCGUCCAUCACAACCAGCCCCAGUGGCUCACCCACUUCCUCUACUAUGCAGAAUUUCUGUUUCUGGGACUCUUCCUCUUGGAGAUGUCCCUGAAGAUGUACGGCAUGGGGCCUCGCCUUUAUUUCCACUCUUCCUUCAACUGCUUUGAUUUUGGGGUCACGGUGGGCAGUAUCUUUGAAGUGGUCUGGGCCAUCUUCAGACCUGGAACAUCUUUUGGAAUCAGUGUCUUGCGAGCUCUCCGGCUUCUAAGAAUAUUUAAAAUAACCAAGUACUGGGCAUCCCUACGGAAUUUGGUGGUCUCCUUGAUGAGUUCCAUGAAGUCUAUCAUCAGUUUGCUUUUCCUCCUCUUCCUCUUCAUCGUUGUCUUUGCUCUCCUAGGAAUGCAGCUGUUUGGAGGCAGGUUUAACUUUAAUGAUGGGACUCCUUCGGCAAACUUUGACACUUUCCCUGCAGCCAUCAUGACUGUAUUCCAGGAUGACACGCUGCUGAAUGUGUUCUUGGCCAUCGCUGUGGACAAUCUGGCCAACGCCCAGGAGCUGACCAAGGAUGAGCAGGAAGAAGAGGAGGCUUUCAACCAGAAGCACGCGCUGCAGAAGGCCAAGGAGGUCAGCCCGAUGUCCGCACCCAACAUGCCUUCUAUCGAAAGAGACAGAAGGAGAAGACACCACAUGUCGAUGUGGGAGCCACGCAGCAGCCACCUGCGGGAGCGGAGGCGCCGCCACCACAUGUCGGUGUGGGAGCAGCGCACCAGCCAGCUGAGGCGGCACAUGCAGAUGUCCAGCCAGGAGGCCCUCAACAAGGAGGAGGCCCCGCCCAUGAACCCGCUCAACCCCCUCAACCCACUGAGCCCCCUCAACCCGCUCAACGCCCACCCCAGCCUCUACCGGAGAUCCCGGCCCCUGGAGGGGCUGGCCCUGGGCCUGGGCCUGGAGAAGUGUGAGGAGGAGCGCAUCAGCCGCGGGGGGUCCCUCAAGGGGGACGGAGGGGACCUCUCCAGUGCCCUGGAUCACCAGAGGAGCCCCUUGCCGCUGGGCAAACGGGAGCCGCCGUGGCUGGCCAGGCCCUGCCAUGGGAACUGUGACCCGACCCAGCAGGAGGCUGGGGGAGGGGAGGCGGUGGUGACCUUUGAGGACCGGGCCAGGCACAGGCAAAGCCAGCGGCGCAGCCGGCACCGCCGAGUCAGGACGGAAGGCAAGGAGCCCUCCUCCGCCUCCCAGAGCCGGUCGGCCAGCCAGGAGCGGGGCCUGGAUGACGCGCCCACCGAGGGGGAGAAGGACCGAGAGCCCAGGGGCGGCCAUGGGGGCAAGGAGCCCACUAUCCAGGAAGAAGAGAGAGCCCAGGACUUGAGGAGGACCAACAGUCUGAUGGUGCCCCGAGGCUCUGGGCUGGCAGGAGCCCUCGAUGAGGCUGACACCCCACUCGUCCCGCCGAACACAGAACCGGAAGUGGGGAAGGCGCUGACAGAGCAGGAGCCUGAGGGCAGCAGCGAGCAAGCCCUGCUGGGGGACGUGCAGCUGAACGUGGGCCGGGUCAGCCAGAGCGAGCCCGACCUCUCCUGCGUCACGGCCAACACGGACAAGGCCGCCACCGAGAGCACCAGCGUCACUGUCGCCAUCCCCGACGUGGACCCCCUGGUGGACUCGACCGUGGUGCACAUCAGCAACAAGACUGAUGGCGAAGCCAGUCCCUUGAAGGAGGCAGAGGUCAAAGAGGAGGAGGAGGAAGAGGAGAAGAAGCAGAAGAAGGAGAAGCGUGAGACGGGCAAAGCCAUGGUGCCCCACAGCUCCAUGUUUAUCUUCAGCACCACCAACCCGAUCCGCAGGGCCUGUCACUACAUCGUGAACUUGCGCUACUUUGAGAUGUGCAUUCUCCUGGUGAUCGCGGCCAGCAGCAUCGCCCUGGCGGCCGAGGACCCGGUCCUGACCAACUCGGAGCGCAACAGAGUCCUGCGGUAUUUUGACUAUGUUUUCACUGGCGUGUUCACCUUUGAGAUGGUUAUAAAGAUGAUCGACCAGGGCUUGAUUCUGCAGGACGGGUCCUACUUCCGAGACCUGUGGAACAUUCUGGACUUCGUGGUGGUGGUUGGUGCGCUGGUGGCCUUUGCUUUGGCAAACGCUUUGGGAACCAACAAGGGGCGGGACAUCAAGACCAUCAAGUCCCUGCGGGUGCUCCGUGUGCUGAGGCCUCUGAAGACCAUCAAGCGCCUGCCCAAGCUCAAGGCCGUCUUUGACUGCGUGGUGACCUCAUUGAAGAACGUCUUCAACAUCCUCAUUGUCUACAAGCUCUUCAUGUUCAUCUUUGCUGUUAUCGCCGUUCAGCUCUUCAAGGGAAAGUUCUUUUAUUGCACGGACAGUUCCAAGGACACAGAGAAGGAGUGCAUAGGCAACUAUGUAGAUCACGAGAAAAACAAGAUGGAGGUGAAAGGUCGGGAAUGGAAGCGCCACGAAUUCCACUACGACAACAUCAUCUGGGCUCUGGACCCUCUUCACCGUCUGACCCUCUUCACCGUCUCCACAGGGGAAGGAUGGCCUCAGGUUUUGCAGCAUUCUGUCGAUGUGACGGAGGAAGACCGAGGCCCGAGCCGCAGCAACCGCAUGGAGAUGUCCAUCUUUUACGUGGUCUACUUUGUGGUCUUCCCUUUCUUCUUUGUCAACAUCUUCGUGGCUCUCAUCAUCAUCACCUUCCAGGAGCAAGGGGACAAGAUGAUGGAGGAGUGCAGCCUGGAGAAGAACGAGAGGGCGUGUAUCGACUUCGCCAUCAGCGCCAAGCCGCUCACCCGCUACAUGCCGCAGAACAGGCACACCUUCCAGUACCGAGUCUGGCACUUCGUGGUGUCUCCAUCCUUUGAGUACACCAUCAUGGCCAUGAUCGCCUUGAACACCAUCGUGCUGAUGAUGAAGUACUACUCUGCGCCCUGUACUUACGAGCUGGCCCUGAAGUACCUGAAUAUCGCCUUCACCAUGGUGUUUUCCUUGGAAUGUGUCCUGAAGAUCAUCGCGUUUGGCUUCUUGAACUAUUUCCGAGACACCUGGAAUAUCUUCGACUUCAUCACCGUGAUCGGCAGCAUCACAGAAAUCAUUCUGACGGACAGCAAGCUGGUGAACACCAGCGGCUUCAAUAUGAGCUUCCUGAAGCUCUUCCGCGCCGCCCGCCUCAUCAAGCUUCUGCGUCAGGGCUACACCAUCCGGAUUUUGCUCUGGACCUUCGUGCAGUCCUUCAAGGCCCUGCCCUACGUCUGCCUUUUGAUUGCCAUGCUGUUCUUCAUCUAUGCCAUCAUUGGGAUGCAGGUAUUUGGAAACAUAAAGUUGGAUGAGGAGAGUCACAUCAACCGGCACAACAACUUCCGGAGUUUCUUUGGGUCCCUCAUGCUACUCUUCAGGAGUGCCACAGGCGAGGCCUGGCAGGAGAUAAUGCUGUCGUGCCUCGGGGAGAAAGGCUGUGAGCCCGACACCACGGCGCCCUCCGGGCAGAACGAGAACGAACGCUGCGGCACCGAUCUGGCCUACGUUUACUUUGUCUCCUUCAUCUUCUUCUGCUCCUUCUUGAUGCUCAACCUGUUCGUGGCCGUCAUCAUGGACAACUUCGAGUACCUGACCCGGGACUCGUCCAUCCUGGGACCUCACCACUUGGAUGAGUUUGUUCGUGUCUGGGCAGAAUACGACAGAGCUGCAUGUGGCCGCAUCCAUUACACUGAGAUGUAUGAAAUGCUGACUCUCAUGUCACCACCGCUAGGCCUCGGCAAGAGAUGUCCCUCCAAAGUGGCCUAUAAGAGGUUGGUCCUGAUGAAUAUGCCCGUGGCUGAGGACAUGACAGUGCACUUCACCUCCACCCUGAUGGCUCUGAUCCGGACUGCUCUGGACAUCAAGAUCGCCAAAGGUGGUGCUGACAGGCAGCAGCUAGACUCGGAGCUACAGAAAGAGACCCUGGCCAUCUGGCCUCACCUGUCCCAGAAGAUGCUAGAUCUGCUUGUGCCCAUGCCCAAAGCCUCUGACCUGACUGUGGGCAAAAUCUAUGCAGCAAUGAUGAUCAUGGACUACUAUAAGCAGAGUAAGGUGAAGAAGCAGAGGCAGCAGCUGGAGGAACAGAAAAAUGCACCCAUGUUCCAGCGCAUGGAGCCCUCGUCUCUGCCGCAGGAGAUCAUCGCCAAUGCCAAAGCUCUGCCUUACCUCCAGCAGGACCCCGCUCCAGGCCUGAGUGGCCGGAGUGGGUACCCUUCGAUGAGUCCGCUCUCCCCCCAGGAAAUAUUCCAGCUGGCGUGUAUGGACUCAGCCGAUGACGGACAGUUCCAGGAGGAGCAGGCUCUGGAGCCAGAGUUUAGUGAAUUAAAAAGCGUGCAGCCCUCUAACCAUGGCAUCUACCUUCCUCCGGACACCCAGGAGCAUGCGGGAUCGGGGAGGGCAGCCUCGAUGCCACGCCUGACUGUGGAUCCCCAGGUAGUAACAGACCCCAGCUCCAUGAGACGUUCGUUUUCCACUAUUCGGGACAAGCGUUCAAAUUCCUCGUGGUUGGAGGAAUUCUCCAUGGAGCGAAGCAGUGAAAACACCUACAAGUCCCGGCGCCGGAGUUACCACUCCUCCCUGCGGCUGUCAGCCCACCGCCUGAACUCGGACUCGGGCCACAAGUCCGACACCCACCGCUCAGGGGGCAGAGAGCGGGGACGAUCGAAAGAGCGAAAGCAUCUUCUGUCCCCCGAUGUCUCCCGCUGCAACUCAGAGGAGCGAGGGACCCAGGCCGACUGGGAGUCCCCAGAGCGUCGCCAGUCCAGGUCACCCAGUGAGGGCAGGUCACAGACGCCCAGCAGACAGGGCACGGGCUCCUUGAGUGAGAGCUCCAUCCCCUCCAUCUCUGACACCAGCACCCCAAGACGAAGUCGUCGGCAGCUCCCACCCGUCCCCCCGAAGCCUCGGCCCCUCCUGUCCUACAGCUCGCUGCUUCGACACACAGGAAGCAUCUCUCCCCCGGCGGAUGGGAGCGAGGGCGGCUCCCCGCUGACCUCCCAGGCUCCGGAGAGCAACGACGCCGGCCUGCCCGAGUCUUCCAGGCCCCCGCACGGCCACCCCUCCCCGCAGCGCUACAUCUCCGAGCCCUACCUGGCCCUGCACGAAGACGCCCAAGCCUCGGACUGCGGCGAGGAGGAGACGCUCACCUUCGAAGCGGCCGUGGCCACCAGCCUGGGCCGUGCCAACACCAUCGGCUCAGCCCCGCCCCUGCGACACAGCUGGCAGAUGCCCAACGGGCACUAUCGGCGGCGGAGGCGCGGGGGCCCGGGGCCGGGCAUGAUGUGUGGAGCAGUCAGCGACCUCCUGAGUGACACGGAAGAAGACGACAAAUGCUAGAGGCUGCUCCCCCCCUCCGAUGCAUGCUCUUCUCUCACACGGAGAAAACCAAGACCGAAUUGGGAAGCCAGUGCGGCCCGGGGGGGAGGAGGAGGGAAGGACCGUGUGCUUAUCAGAGGAGGAAAGGACCAACGGCAACCAGUCGAACCCACCAAAUUGCUUUACUUCCCUUUGCGAGAUGGGCACUGCCAUAGUUCUGCCUCUUUGCUGGGGAAAGAAGACGAGAGAACAUGGAGGGUGGCCCCUGGAGAGGGGACACCGGGAUCGCUCUGCUUCC